GCGCGGGAAGGCUCGGGGCGGGGAGCGGGUGGGGGAGCCGCGGCCUGGCUCGGCCUGAGGGGCAGGCCCCGCCACCACCGGCGGCCCCUUUUCCCCCCGUUUUCUUGGCUCGUUUCCGCGGGGAGGCGCGGGCGCCGUGUCCCGUAUUUAGCCGGCUGUAAUCCACCGAGGGGUGGCUGUGCCCUGCGUCCCCAGACCCGUGGAAACAGGCGGGAGCAAAGAUGCCGUCCACGCAGAAGCCGAUGCGGUACGGCCACACCGAGGGCCACACGGACGUCUGCUUCGAUGACAGUGGGAGCUCCAUUGUAACUUGCGGCAGUGAUGGAGAUGUUAGGAUUUGGGAAAACCUGGAUGAUGAUGAUCCAAAGUCCAUUAAUGUGGGAGAAAAGGCCUAUUCAUGCGCUCUAAAGAAUGGAAGAUUGAUCACAGCAGUAUCGAACAAUACUGUUCAGAUACAUACCUUUCCUGAAGGAGCUCCAGAUGGCAUCCUUACUCGCUUCACCAUGAAUGCAAACCACGUCAUCUUUAAUAGUGAUGGCACCAAAAUUGCUGCUGGAUCUAGUGACUUUAUGGUCAAAGUUGUGGAGGUGACUGAUAGCAGCAAGCAGAAAACAUUCCGAGGACACGAUGCUCCUGUUUUAAGCCUGUCUUUUGACCCCAAGGAUGUUUACCUGGCAUCGGCGAGCUGUGAUGGUUCUGUCCGAGUAUGGAAAAUAGCAGAUCAGAUAUGCAUGACAAGCUGGCCACUGCUGCAGAAAUGUAACGAUGUGAUAAAUGCUAAAUCAAUAUGCAGACUUGGCUGGCAACCUGGCAGUGGAAAGUUGCUGGCAAUCCCUGUAGAUAAAGUUGUUAAACUAUACAGAAGAGAAACCUGGGAUAGUCAAUUUGAUCUAUCAGAUACAUUAAUCACACAGCCCUUGAAUGUUGUGGCCUGGUCUCCUUGUGGGCGGUAUCUGGCAGCUGGAAGUGUGGACGGGAUAAUAGUGGUGUGGAAUGUGGAAACCCAGGAGUGCAUAGAGAGGAUGAAGCAUGAGAAAAAGUACUCAAUUUGUGGACUGGCAUGGCACCCCAAAUAUAGGCAAAUUGCAUAUACAGAUACAGAAGGAAAUCUGGGGUUGCUGGAAAAUAUCGGUGAUGGAAAGAAACCAAAUGACAAGGUUGCCGGUACAGUGGCAAAGGACUACGAUGAUCUCUUUGAUGGAGAAGACGACGACUAUUUGAAUGGAGAUAUGAUUGAACCACAGUCUUCCCCAAAGGCUGGAGCUAAUGAAGAUGAUGCUGAUGACUUUAUGCCACCUUCAGACAAUCUGAGACGGGCAAUAAUUGAUGAUGAUGAUAACUCACUAGAUAUUGGGAUGAUAAAAACUAAUUCCAAACUUCUUGAAAAGGAAGAUGAUGAUGAUGAUGAUCAGACUGGUGGCUCUCCAGCUUUACCACCAUCAUCUACACGACAGCCUUUCUAUGACGGGCCAAUGCCAACCCCCAGGCAAAAGCCGUUCCAGUCUGGCUCCACUCCUGCACAUCUCAUGCAUCGUUUCAUGGUAUGGAAUUCUGUUGGUAUCAUUCGCUGUUACAAUGAUGAGCAAGACAAUGCUAUAGAUAUAGAAUUUCAUGAUACCUCUGUACAUCAUGCAACACACCUGCCAAACUCUCUGAAUCACACGAUGGCUGACCUCUCUACUGAAGCUGUUUUACUAGCCUGUGAGAGUACAGAGGAACUUGCAAGCAAGCUCCACUGCAUUCAUUUUAGCUCAUGGGAUGCAAACAAGGAGUGGACAGUAGAUAUGCCAAAGGAUGAAGAUGUUGAGGCUAUCUGUCUGGGGCAAGGCUGGGCUGCUUGUGCCACUAGUGCCUUACUAGUUCGUGUGUUUACUGUUGGAGGAGUUCAGAAAGAGAUCUUCAGUCUCCCGGGUCCAGUGGUGUCUAUGGCAGGACAUGGAGAGCAGUUGAUGGUUAUUUAUCACAGAGGUACUGGGUUUGAUGGAGACCAGUGCCUCGGAGUACAGCUGAUGGAGCUAGGAAAACGAAAAAAACAAAUUUUGCAUGGAGACCCUCUUUCUCUUACAAAGAAAUCCUAUUUGAUAUGGGUUGGAUUCUCUGCAGAAGGUACCCCUUGUUACGUGGAUUCUGAGGGAAUUGUGCGGAUGUUGAACCGAGGACUUGGGAAUACUUGGAUUCCAGUGUGUAACAUGAGAGAGCAUUGCAAAGGAAAAUCUGAUCAUUAUUGGGUGGUUGGCAUCCAUGAAAAUCCCCAGCAGCUCAGGUGUAUUCCUUGUAAAGGAGCCAGAUUCCCUCCUACGCUACCACGGCCUGCUGUAGCAAUAUUAUCUUUUAAACUUCCUUACUGUCAAGUUACAACAGAAAAGGGACAGAUGGAGGAACAGUACUGGCGUUCUGUUGUAUUUCACAACCAUGUGGAUUACUUAUCAAAAAAUGGCUAUGAACUUGAUGAAAGUGCUAAAAGUCAGUCAGUAAAAGAACAGCAAGAACUUUUAAUGAAGCUGUUUGCCCUUUCUUGUAAACUGGAGCGUGAAUUUCGUUGUGUGGAACUUGCUGACCUCAUGACACAAAACGUUGUGAAUUUAGCUAUCAAGUAUGCUUCUCGCUCUCGAAAACUAAAUUUAGCUCAGCGACUUAGUGACAUAGCUGUAGAAAAAGCAAGUGAGGUGGCAACAGCACCGGAAGAUGAAGAGGAGGAAGAGGAUUUCCGAAGGCACUUGAAUGCUGGUUACAGCAAUUCUGCCACGGAGUGGAGUCGGCGGCUGCCAGUCAGAAAUGUUCAGCAGGACCAAGAAAUGGAAGAUGCUGAGGAAACUGAUGACUAUGAGGAAGUAGAAGAAACACCAGAAGUGCAUAAACAGAGGCCAAAUCCUUUCUCCAAAGGUGUCACUUCAGCAGAGGUGACUACUCCAAAGUCUGUUCUAAUUGCACCAAGCAGCCAAGGACGAGUGAAUCCCUUUAAGGUGUCAUCUAACAAAAAGGACCCAGUGGUCCCCUCAGCAAAUAUUCUAGACACUAUGAGCAAGUACUCAAAGAAAACGUCUUUGUCUAGCAGUCGAGCUGUAAACAAGCAGAACCCUCCAGUUAUAAAGCCUCUGACUCCCAAACCCAAGUCCAAGCAGGCUUUAGCAAGCUCCUUCUUCCAGGCUCGUACACUUAACUCUAGUGAAAAAACAGUGGAAGAAAGAGAAGAAAAAGCAGGAAAUGAGUCCCGUGAAGUCAAAGUCACUGCACAGGAGAACACUGAAAACAGAAGACCAAAGACAGGGUUCCAGAUGUGGCUAGAGGAGAACAGAGCAAACAUUUUGACAGAUAACCCUGAUCUGAAUGAAGCAGAAAUAAUAAAAGAAGGUAUGAGUCGAUUUAGAAUACUGUCAUCGGAAGAAAGAAUGGCAUGGACUGAGAAAGCAAAAGGAGGAACAGUUAAUGAUUUAACAGAAGAUAAAAAGCGAAAACGUCCCACACCAGAUGAAGAUGAAGCAAAAAAGCACCAGGACCAAAAAUUGGAGGACUCAAAUUUACCCAAAAAACCAAAGCCUUUAGAUCAAUCUACAAAUGUCAGAUUGUCAGCUUUUGCAUUCAAGCCAAGCUAAAUAAUGCCAUACCUUCUCAGCAUCUGUUUUCUGAAAACAUUAGGUAGCUCUGUGUUGAGAAAUUUGCUGCUGUGCUCAAAGAGCAGUAGCAAAAAGAGUGCCUUGCUCCAAGUAGUCUUUUAGAAAGUAUUUUAUUAUCAAUUCUUGAGGGAAAUGUUGAAUCUACUCUCCCAAUCUUUUGCUAGUUACUAGUGUAAAGCUUGAUAACAAAAUUAAUAGUAAUGGGCCUGUUUCCCAGAAGGACAGUUCCACACCGUUGUGUAGCUGCGUGCCUCGCUGCUUGUAAUGUCUGAUGCUAAAUCCAGAGGGGUCAUUCUGGGGAGGAUAAACUGUGUACAAAAACUGUCCUCUGGUUUUAGAGGGGCAAAGUAAUGGUUUCCCUACCGUUCCUUCUGUCUGUUGCAAACCCUGUAAGAGAAAGACACUCAAGGAAAUGGGAGUGGGCUGCUGAUGUUCGGCUGCAUUGUCAACAUCUGCGGCUGUGAGAGUGGCAGAGAGCAGCCCGAUGCAGGCAGGGAGAGCAAACCAGGGCAGAGGCUGAAUUAGGAGGGUCAGGGGUGCAAAAAUGAGCCAUUCCAGACUGUGCAAAUGGGCUUUCCCAAUCUGUGCCUCAGGAGGGUCCAGAAAGCGCUCAGAACUUGAAAAUCUCUGUAUUGUUUCAUGCAAUGUUUGUUUUUAAAAUAAAAUGUGACUGUUUCUUAGUUUAA